AUGGAGGUGUCCUACUGCUCUCCUCUCCAGCUCCAGGAGAACUCUUUCCUGUUUGACUGCGAAUCCCUGCUGGACAAGUCUUAUGAUCCUUUGGCCUAUGAUCUAGCCCCGGACCCUGGUUACUUCAGCGCUGGAAGCAGCUUGUCUCCGACCUCUUCUGUGGACUCCUUCUGCUUCUCCCCCACCUCCCUCCAGCCUGCCGGGAACAAACAAGACGCUUUGGACUGUUUCAUCUUCAACAGCCAGGCAGCGCCUCCUCUUGCCCAAGAGACGCAGACUCUGCCCUGCUCCGGAUCCUCCACAACCACCUCCACCACAAAGAAAUCCAGGUCCAGGUAUCCAGGGAAGAAGCGCCAGACAGCCAGCGAGAGGGAGAAGCUGAGGAUGAGGGAUCUGACAAAGGCCAUGCAUCAUCUCAGGUCAUACCUUCCACCCUCUGUGGCACCAGUCGGACAGACCCUGACCAAGAUCGAGACGCUGCGCCUCACCAUCCGCUACAUCUCCUACCUGUCGACCCAGCUGGGCCUCAGCGACGAGGCGCUGGAGCAGAAGAGGUCCUCAGGGUUUGUGGGGCAGCAGCAGACCCUCAGCCAGUUCCUCGGUCAGCCAACAGCCUGCUACAGCACACAAGAAUCAGACUGUAACACCAUGAGCACAGCCCAGCAGUCCUCUCUACAGAACUCAUAUCAGGUUUCUAGUGGAGUUUGCUUCUCCAGCGAGCAGUACUGGACUCCACAGCAGCAGCUACAAAAUGCAAACUUGUAUGGACAGUGCUGA